AUGGAAAAGGAAGUUUCAGUAGCACAUAUCCAACAUGAUUUUGUAGAUUGUAUUCGUGAUAAAUAUCAGGGAAAUGAAGGUACCGAAAACGAUGCCUUUUUUAUUAAUGUCGACCAAAGCUUAGAUAAGGUGGAGGAAUAUAGAGUGAAAGUUCUAAAGGAAAAGGACGUAUUUAGUAUUGAAAAUGGGAAUACUUUUGAGAAAUUGAAUUCUGCUGUGUAUCAAGCUAAUUUGGACAACAAAAAAUACAAAUUUCAAACUAUUAGGCAUGACCAUACAAUUGAAAAGACAAGUGUUAAUUGGACCUCAGUGGACGUGUUUCAAGGACAAAAGACAUUGUAUUGCCUGGGUGACUCUAAUGGUAAUAUAGCUGUUUACAACGCUAAAUAUGAAACUGUUAGGGAGAUAGAGGAUGCACAUGCAAGCGAUAUAACCUCAUUAAAGUUCUUUCCUAGUGGUGAGGUACUUUUAUCAGCAUCCACUGAUAUGCAACUAAAAUUGUGGUCUAUUAUGGAUGGUUCGAGUCCAAGAACCUUUGUUGGCCACAAAUCGAAAGUAACAGGAACUGCUAUGAUAGAGCGAGGAAGAAACUUUCUCUCUUCCUCACAUGAUGGUACUAUCCGCCUAUGGGAAUGUGGUUCUGGCCUCAAUUUGCAUUCUUUCAAGAGAAAGGAAAACCCAAAUGAUGGUGUAAAUACAAUACAACUAAUGUCGCAUGUAAAUAAUGUUCAUGAAAGUGAAUCCGCUAAUGACCUAGAAUUCGGUACUACUGGAAAACAGAUCUUAGGUGGGCACGUAUCAGGUGUAAUCACUUUACAUGAUGUCUUUUCAAAACGACAAGUGCUCCAAAUUCCGAGUGCCUUUAUGUCUUCAUGCAGUUCCUUAACGAUAAAUUCCUCUGACAAUAACUACGUGUAUGGCGGCUAUGAAAAUGGUGCAUUAGCUUUAUGGGAUUUAAGAAACCCUCUAAAGCCUGUCGACGUUGCAUACAUAAACAAGGGCAUACCAGUAAAUUAUACUUAUUACUUUAAUGGCUCGUUGUAUGUUUCUUCAGGUGUCGACACAAGCAUGAAAUUCGAAACAGAUCCUUCCACUAAAUUCAUUAAUACCAAUUCGCCUACGUUCCUCGUCUCUGAAGAUCACGAAAUAGCGCAAUAUACAGGCAUUUCUUCUAGUAAUGGAGUCGUUGCAGUAGGCAAUUGGGGAUUUUGCGCAGAAUAUUCUAAUUAG